GCGCGCGCCGGGCGGGAGCGGGACUGCGGGUCACCAGAGAGCGGGGAGCCCGGCGGGAAGACAGCGCUCAGCGAAUAGCACAGGGUACGGGUGUCGUGUGCAGCACUUCGAUACAAUCAGCUCCCCUUCCAUCAAUGUCACUUCCACUUAUUUAGUAAAUCAGUGUCAGAAAGAGCAUUUAAGGAUUGCGUUGCCCAGGGCUGAUGACAUGGCUCGCGCACACAGCGCCAGCCCGAGCCCUGACCGCUCCACAGCGCACAGCACAUCACUCUCCUCAACAGCACAUCACCCUCCACUGCACCUUGAGUCAAAUCCGGCUUCCCGGCCUCAGCUGCAGCUCUGAUGAGGCAGUGCCACAAACAACAGGCAGCAAAAACGAGCUUAUUUCUACUCCUAUUCUGCCUGAAAGCUCACCGCCGUUGCUCAGGAGGGGUUCACGUCAACCACCCCCGCUGUGGACCCCCGGCACCGAACGCCGCUCCCAGCCGUGCCCGGUUCGGACCGACGCUCGCGCGGUAUCGGCCGGUCCGCGCGCGCCCCCCAGCGGUCAGAGCCCGCACUGCAGCUUCGGCAGCUGCCGGCACGGCGCGGCCGGGGGGCGCCGCCCAGAGCUGAGAGGAGCGCUUUUAGCGCGGUUGGCACGAAAAAUCGUAGCGUGUCCAGCAAGUCACAGGAAAGAACCAGCACGCUGCCUUCUUCGAGGGAGAGGACAGCACCUGUCAACUUCUCACUUGCGGAGCUGCAAGCAGCUGAGAGGGCUUCUGUUUGCCUCCGAUUACAACACGCAGCGGCACCUGGCAACCUCCUGAAAGCGCUAAGGGUGCUAGAAAGCACCUGAGCUCCUGCACAUACCGACGGUUGUUAAAACAAAGGCUGCUAUUUUGCAAAUCAUCCAGCAGCUGCAAUGCCUGAGGGCACACCAGCCUGUGUACUUCCCUAAGCAGACUCACCCACAACACACAGUGCAUGGACUGCUCGGUAAGUCGACCCUUACAGCUCUAAAUAAAGAUUUCUGAAGUUCUGCUUAUUUGCCCUGUUUUAGACAGGACUUUACAUCUCUAAAGGUGCGUUCCAUCUGUGAUUUUAUUAUGGCUGAACAACGAGUGCAAUUCCCAUACACUGCUGCAUUUAGCAACAGGAUCUGGGUCAGAAUAAUACAAUUGGAACAUGCUACACCAUAGUGAUGCUAAAGCCAAACAGCGAUUACUCGCAUCUCAGAACAGACUGCGGGUGUGAGUCCAACCCAGCUGACUGAUGAGAGAGAAAGCACAACAAUUUCUGUAAGACAAUGCAGGCACGGCACUGUUAGUGCUGUGACCACCAAUGGACCAAAUUGGCUGCUGGGUGAAUGGUGUGAGCAGUCUGACCAUUCCAACAACAGUCUGUGGGCAGUUUGCUUGUAGAGAAACGGGCCUGAAAAAGACAUUUUUAGGAACAGCAAAACAAUUAGAAAGGCAGCUUAACCAGGCUGCUUCUAGCAGCUUUUCAAAUCACCUUCAAAAAGUGAUUGUGGCAGGCAUUACCAAAUCUACAGACUGCAGAUGCAAUUAUUGCAGCUGCUUCUAACACUGAAAUGAUUCACAGCAUUGAAGAAACCAAUACAGCCCUAUUUAUCCUUGUUUCUACCUAGGAAUUUUGGUGUUGAUACUGAGGAUAAAAAUGGGGAGAGAACAGAGAUGAGCUCAUGGACCUGAAUUAGCUUUAGCUGAAGUAUAAUUUUUGCCUCCUUGCCUUACAGCUGCUUUUAGUGGGCUGGGGAGAGAUGGGAGGAAUCCAAGUAAGCCUUGGAGCAUGUCCUGAAGACUAUUGCAACCCAAAGCUGGAAAUUCUGAGGUCCCUUACAGGCCUGUUAAUAUUCCCAUCUGGUUUAGAGCACUGACACAUCAACAUUGUAAAUGCUCUAACAAUGCUAGCUACUGAACGACAUCACCUGAUUAUCAGACCAAUGAAAAUUAACAGCCAAUACAUGGAAUUUUUAAGGGUGAUUUGCUUCCCUUGGAAGUAUUUUGGUGGGCAGUAUGUAAAGUGGGAUAGGUUGACAAGCACUGCAUUAAACCAUUCAUCUGGCAUAUCUCCACACCUGCAGAUAUAUCCAACAUAGUUUCCUCCUACCUCAAUCAUCAGCCACAGUAAGAAAUAAAGAACAUCUCCCCACGCCAAACAGCAAUCAGAUAAGCUGCUCUUUUCACUACAAAAUCUAUUAUAUAGCAACUACAAAAACAAACCAAACCCCCACAAAAAGCAGUGUUCAAAGAAACCUCAUGAGGGUGAACCACACUACUCAUAUUAUUACGAUUCCUUUGUCACUGUCCGCCAGUCAGGUAAAUUGUUAUUUCUUUCCAGAAUCUCUUCUGGAAAAACAUGAGCAUACCUCAGAGUUCAGAAGUGACACACAGAAAUCACACUGCCAUACAGCAGAAUGUUUACAGGAUAACAGACAUAACGUGACAAUGAAGUGCUCCAAGAUUCCCAUCUUGGUACGCAGAUGUUCUUUUGCUGCAGCUUUGAAUCAUGAGAUAAGCAGAUGUUGCAACAUUUCAAAACAUUCAUCUUCUCAAAGAGACAGCUCAGCACAUAUCUGCAUGCUCAGCCCCUUAAGCCUCACACUUCAGACAAGUCAAUGAGCAUUAUGUACCAAGUUCCCUUUAAGGAGAAGCUUAAGUUAUUCACUCUUCCUCCAGCAAAACUCUCAUGCCAGAUCAGUUACAGAUACUGCCCCUGUACAGUCGUGGUCACAAAUGAGACAUCUCUUGCCUCCUGCAUUCACUUGUUCACAACAGUCUCAACCUCUUGCACAAAAGAGAUACAUAUUUAUAUAUAUAUAAAACAGCUAAAAGCCAGACCAAAGGUGUAUCUUUCCAGUAUCCUCUGGGUGCUAGCAAUCGCAGGUCACAGAACACACUGGUUAAGGUUAAGGCACAGUGUAUGCUGUGACAUCGGUUACAGAGCCUCUGGCAAAGUAGAUGGAACUAACCUUCCCUGAUAUUAAAGGACGGCUGCUUAUUUGUUGCUUGCACUUAGAUGGCCACAUUUUAGAGCCUGUCUCCAGCAGCCAAUAUGUUUAUGGUUUUAGGGGUUAUGCCAAACAACAGAUCACAAGUUUUCUUGAAACCACCUCCCACCUCUUUGACAGUGGAAAAACCUACAGAAACUACAAAAGUUGGGGCAAAAGACAUAUCUCAGGGUACUUGGACAGCUGAAGCUUGAGGCAAUAUGAAUGAAAGUCCUACUAGAUAGAAAAACAUAAUAGCAGUAAGUGCUGCAUUCUGGAGAUAACACUUUCUCAGUUCUUUCCCACUACCAAGCCCUGUAGUGCUGGCUGUUUAGGCACAACACUAAGUACUGCACAUAGCACGAUUCAGGACUACAGACCAACUCAAACAUGCUUGCUUGGAGUUAAUUUGAAGUAUUCCACAAAUGGUGAUGUGUAGAUUUACGCACCUCUAGAACUAUCCUCUUAUUCCUGUCCAUCUAAUAUUCACCCAGAAAGUAAUAUUCACCCAGAAAGAGAACAAACAAUUGCUGUUUUGAUGCUGCUUAACAAUUUCAGGUGGCUCUUCAUGCUCUUAUGGAACACAUCCUGUGGAAGGGAGGGAGAGGCUGCAGACCCAGCACAUGUUCUCACUGUGCCACACAGCUAUGUAUGCUUCCCUCUCAAGUAUGACUACAUCUGUUCCCACUUGCAGAGGCUUUACACGGAAAAGCCAAAACAGAAGAGAUUUUUCAAGCAGCAAAGUCAGUACAAUGCUUGAGAGAAAUUACAUUAGACUGCUUGUAUUUAUUAAGAUAUGUGUUUGAAAAGUCUGGAUUUGCAUUGCUGAAGUUCUCAUGAACACAGUUCAAGCAGAGAACAAGAAGGAAAGCAAUUAGUAGGUGCCAAUACUCCAUCUGCUGGGAGACUGCAUGUGUGUUUACAUAUCAUUAUGCCUCAGUCUUCGCUCAGCCAGUGCUAUCAGACAUUUCACGAUAGUUUCAGUUGCAGGAGGAAUUGGCCGGUUGCUAUUUAUUUGGUAUUCUGACAGCUGGAACAAGCUGUGAUGCUUCCUAUCAGACACUGAUAAAGAACAGUCACCUUAUACUCCAUAGCAGAAGUCAAAUGAUGCCUGAUCAAGUCUUCUUUUUGACAGCAUUCUGUAUCAUAAGUGUUGCUUCCAAAAUCAGGAAGUCUCUAUGAGACUUAAGAGAUCUAGAAAAAGUAGUAAAAAUAUUGGUUCUUUGUAAAUCCUUGUUUUAGGUACUGCUAGUAACUUCCAGAAUUAUGCUACUAUUGUUUCAAUAACAUUCUGCUUUCCACUCUCCAGCCUAUGCUGAGAAGCUUGUAGGAGGCUUCAGUCCAUUACGAUUCUCUUCUGCACAAGAAGAGGGUAUUGCAGGGCUCCUCCUUCGGCAUAGAGGAAAGCAGGAAUUGCUGCUGGAUGCGCUGCAGAUGUUAAGGCUAAAGACAAAAUUUGGGUCAUUAAAAACUGAAUGAAAUGGAGAAAUGGGCAGAUGAAAGAGAUUAAGUCCUCUCCUGGAGGGAGGCUGUGGAGAAAGCCUGAGGAAUUGUGGAUCCUAAUUCAGGCACCUCAUCUCACUGAGAUGGACUGUAGACCCUCUUGUGUGGGUCUGGUAUUCUGGCAUCUUCAAAUCCACAGCUUCUAAUCCAGCCAGGUAACUCAAGGACAAAUGUCCAAGGACAUGGAAAGGAAGUAUUCCAAAAAUCUCCAAGAGCAAACCUGAUUUGUGAAAGGAACAAGCAGCUAAUCUACCAGGACAAAAGUCAGUCUUAGUCUUGCUGUUCAAACAAACAAGAAAACAAAAUGGGGAGGACAGCUCUUUUUUUUUU